GUCUCCGAGAAUAGAGUCGGUCGACCGGGUGCGCGAGUGUGUGUGCAAAUGACUGUAAGCCCGUCAUCGAUACGGGUUGAACUUGAACAAAAAUGUGGACCAAGAGGUUAAAGUUAUGGAGGUUUAUGUUGUGCGUGUUGUUUGCUGUGUCUGCGCUCGCGGUGACGGCGAGAGCCGAUGACGACGUACCUUCAGAAUCACAAUGCCGUCCAUACAUCGAAAAAGCUCUUAAAGAGCUCGAAUCCGGAGACGUGGAACCAGAUUCCACGGAAAAAAACGACAGUAGUGAAGUAAGCGUAGAUGACGAUUCGAGAGAAGUAAAAUCAGGUGAAGACUUAAGUGAUGGGAAAGACAGUAAAGAAGACGAUGCGCCAUCUAUAGAAGUAGCAGACGAACCUUACGUAUCUCAGGCAUCAGUUGAAGAUCUGAAACAAACGGACGAUGAUAACGAUUCAAAAGAGGAUGGAUCGGCCGAAGAAAAGGAUAACGACAGUGUGGAACAAAAAGAAAACGACCAAGACGGAGACAGCAAAGAGGACGCAUCCGCUGAAGAAGUAGCAGCAGAACUAGAGAGUGGCGAGGACAAAGAUGACACCAAAGAAGAUGAGGCAAACGAAAGCACAGAAGCAAAAGAUAAUGAUGAUGACAACAGCAAAGAAGAAAAAGAAAGUGAGAAAGACGAUGAUGACGACGAUAGUAAAGAAGCUGAACAAGACAAGGCUGAUGAUGAUAAAUCUGAUGAAACUGCCGAAGCAUCCGUAGAAAAUCAAGACGCAGAUGAUAAGACAAAAGAAGAAGGUGACGAUGGAUCUCAAGAAAAGGCUGAUGAUCAGAAAACCGACGGUGAUAAAGAUGAUGAUUCGCAAGAAACGAAAGAAGAAUCUCAAGAAGCUAAAGAUGAAUCUCAGGAAGACGACAAAGAUUCAGGAGAAAAAAAAGAUCAAUCUGACGACAAAGACAGAGAAUCCGAAGAAGAAGCUGCUAAAUCAAUAGAUAGUAAAGAAGACGAUGACGGCAAAUCCAAAGAAAAUGAUGAUGGUUCCGAAGAAGGCAAGGAAGAUGAUGAUGGUAAAUCGGAAGAAGAAACCGCUGAAGAGGCUAGUUCAGAAAACACUGAUGAAGAAGAUGAUAAAGAUAGCAAGGAGAACGACGGCGACGAUUCUGAAGAAGAAGGAACACCAGAAGAAGACUUAUUGAAGACCGGAGAAAUUCCUGAAAACUUAAGAUCCCGUGAGCAUAUCACCAAAAUCCUCAGGCUCGACGAAGAUGAGAGUGAAGCGGAACAAAUAAUCGAGAGAUCAGCUGACAUCGUACUCAGAGAGUUGAAAAGACUAUACGAAAACUCUAUCAAGCCCUUGGAAGGAAUGUACAAAUACCGAGAUUUGAGCAACAGGCAUUUCGGUGACCCAGAAAUAUUCUCAAAGCCCUUGGUGCUAUUCAUGGGACCUUGGAGUGGAGGAAAAUCUUCUAUUUUGAACUAUUUGACGGGACUGGAAUUCACGGAAUGGUCUCUGAGAACUGGUGCUGAGCCAUCACCAGCGUAUUUCAACAUUCUGAUGCACGGCAAAGAUCCUGAAGUACUGGACGGCACUCAGCUAGCUGCUGACUGGACGUUUUCUGGAUUGCAAAAGUUCGGGCAAGGCCUGGAAGAGCGCCUCCGAGGUCUGAAAUACCCCAGCAAGAUUUUAGAAAAAGUGAACAUAGUGGAAAUCCCUGGCAUCCUCGAAGUGAGGAAACAGGUGUCCCGCGUGUUCCCCUUCAACGACGCGUGCCAGUGGUUCAUCGACCGGGCUGACAUCAUAUUCCUGGUCUAUGACCCCUCCAAGCUCGACGUCGGACCUGAGACAGAAGCAAUCCUUGACCAGCUCAAGGGCAGAGAAUCACAGACUCGUAUUGUGCUCAACAAAGCGGACACUGUGAAGCCUGAGGAGCUGAUGCGCGUACAGAGCGCGCUGAUCUGGAACAUAUCGCCGCUGAUGAGCUCCGCGCAGCCCCCCGUCAUGUACACCGUAUCGCUGUGGUCGAUGCCCUACGAGCCGGGCGCGCCGCAACGACUGCUGGCCGCACAGGAGGCAGAGUUACUGCGCGACCUGCGACACGCGCUAGAUAGACGUAUCGAGAACAGGAUCGCCAGCGCGAGGAGGUUCGCGGUGCGAGUCAGAAAUCACGCCAAGAUGGUUGACUGCUACCUGACCACUUACUACAACCACAAGACCAUAUUCGGUAACAGGAAACUGAUCGCGGACGCCAUCAUUGAGAACCCACAGAACUACCACAUCUACGAAGGUCUAAGCACUCUCACCAAUAUCUCGAGAUACGAUUUGCCCGACCCGGAGACAUAUCGCGAUUUCUUCCGUCUCAACCCGCUGUACGAGUUCCAACAGCUGCAAGCCACCUGCACCUACUUCCGAGGUUGUCCGAUCACUAAGCUCGACGUCGCCAUCGCAUACGAUCUGCCCGAGUUGGUCGGAAAGUACAAGAAGAUGGUGGAAACCUCAACCCCGCAAGGCAUGCCCAAGAGUUGAUACCCCCGCGAACGAACGAAUCCCUCGCAACCUCUUAAUUUAAAUAACCCACGCUUUAAAAAAAACACAAAAUAAAACAAAAAAAUAUUAGGACAACAUCCUUUUGGGCACAUUAAUAAUGCAUUUCUUAUCAAAUCGGGCAUGGAAAUAAUUUCUUUUAUUUUUUUUCGUUCUUGUUGUUGUUUCAUCGCAUUUCUUUAAUUGUUAUUUAUUUAUUAUUGUUUUGCUUAAUAUUUUGCUUGUUCCUGUUUUCCUGUGAGCGACGCGAAAUGAAUGAGUAUAUUAGUUGUGAUACAUGGUAUAAGUUAAAAAGCAA